AUCCAUUGUUCGGAGUACAUUUGGAGUGUAUAACAACAGAAGUCCAAUGCAUUUGUUGGGGCAACUAGUUUGGCCCAAAUCAAGCCUAGUUUAGUUCUUAAUCGGCCCGAUAAAAAGCCUGGUAUUGGGGAAAAAAAUUAGUAGCCCGUGUAUAUGGCCUGGCUUUCUUCAGGUAUGAUUAGCUAUGGAAAUCUGGCCCAUUAGUCCACUACUCUCGCAAUGCAAACCUUAGGUUUUGCUGGGCCGAUGCGAACUUCAAGUCCCACCCAGUCGACAGUCCAGCAGCAGGCUUCAUCAUUGAUUGAGCCCCCGAAUCGGAAACUUGCAACUUCCACUAUUCAAGCAGCAAAUCAACAUGUUCGGCGGCCAAACCUGUGCCUACCUAUCUCCGGUGUCUCCGUUCAUCACGUUUCACUAGCACUGUCAACUGGGACACUGCCACCAAACCCUGUGCAAGACCACCUCCAUCAGAUCCUUUUUGUUUCGUAAUCACCUCCACGAUUGAGUGCUUCGCUCUGACGUAAAACAAGUACGCCGCCUUCAAGAAACCAGUGAACCCCUGCGUUGCAGACUUGUUUGGACUUUGCUGCCGCAGGCCCUCUUGGCCUCUUGUGCUAGCUCGCGUCGCCACUCGCAACGCCUCCUCGGCGAGGCCGUGCGGUCUGGACGGCGCCCGCUCGCACGCUGCGGCAGCGCCAACACGCGGUGGGCGAGCGCACGGCGCGUGAGUGCGGGUAGCCGAGCGCGCGAGCGGUAGCUCGCUUGUGCGCGCGUGACGCCAGGCAGCCCCUGCCCCGAUCGAGAGGCCAUGUGAGCGUGUCACCCAUCUGACCGGCCCCCACUCGCCACCCACGCAAGCGAAGCGAGGCGCGCAGAUCGGAGUCCCCCCGUCCCGUCCCCGUCCCUUCCACCGGGGUCCCGGAAAUCCACCCGAUCCGGAGCCGGCCGGGGGCGCUCGCGAAUGGCGGCGGAGGCAGCGGACGGGCCCUCGCCCCCGCCUCCGCGGACCGGGGAGGCGGAGGCUCCCGGGGCGCCCGAGAAGCGCGCCCCGCCGGCGGACCGCGACGAGGAGGAGCACGGCGGGGAGGAGCGGCCGGAGCCCAAGCGGCGGCGCGCGCGGGCGCGCAUCACGGCGCUCGAGAGCGUGCCCCGCGCGGCGGAAGUCGCGGCCGCUGCGGCUGCUGCCGCGGCAGCGGCGGUGGAGGCCGCGAGUAGGGAGGACGAGCCCGAGCCCGCGGGCGGCUGCGACGGGGGAGGAGAGUCCUUCUCGUUCCACGCGCGGGGCUUCUCCAGCGCGCAGACAACGCCCAAGUUCGGGUCCUUCAACCCCGGCGCCACCGCGGAGCUCGUGGCCUUCCACCUGAUGAAGGCCUCCCGGCGCCGCGCGGACCCUCCGGGGACGGAGGACGCGGGGGAUCACAGGACGGCUGCCGGCGGCGGCGACGACGAGGCGGCGGCCGAGGGCAGCGAUGGGAAUUCACGCUAGAGCGGGGUAGGCAGGCGGCAGUCAAGUGGGCGAGUGUGUGUGACUCGGUUUUGACUUGGGCGAGUAACUGCUGCCCCCCGUGUUCAUUUUGUUGAACAGCUCAUUUUCUUCUUCUUUUUUGCUAUUCCUUUUUCGCUGUUGUGUAGUAUCUGUGUAAUCUAUUGUGAUUUCAAUCUACUGGGGUCGGUGUUUUUUUUGUACAAUUAGCGAUUUGUAAUGAAAGAAAUUAGGUCUUUGUUUCAUAA